AUGGGCAACCCAGGGAAGGCGGGAGGAGGAGGCAUAUGCAGAAAUGAUCGGGGUGAUUUUAUUUUUGGGUUCGCUGCGGGUUAUGGGGUGUUGUCGAACACUGGGGCAAAAGUCAGAGCUGUCCACGACGGGUUAUUACAUUGCCUCAAAAGGGGUUUGGCUAAGAUUAUUAUAGAAUCGGACUCCCUCCAGGUUGUGAACGCACUCAUUGGGAAGUCCUCAAUUGGAUGGAAGUGGCAAAAUUGGUGUAAGAGGAUCAAGGGUCUGAUAGCUUUGGGCCAAGUCAGAGUUCAGCAUACGCACAGGGAAGGAAAUGGGCCGGUGGAUGCCUUGACUAGGUUGGGUAGCUCCUUGCAGCUUUCAGCUACCUUCUUAGCCAGGUCGAAUCUCCCAUGGGUGGUCAGAGGGCAGAUCUUCCUUGAUAAGCUGGGGUUAGGUGCGGUGAAGGCUUAG